GGUGCGAAUUUUAUAGUACUCCUCCUCUCUAGUCCUGAUCAGAAUUCAGGAACUCAACUCUCCUUCCGUUCGAUUUCGUCAUCGCCCGUUGAAAGAUUGCAUUUUUCAGCGACCCCUCGGGGAGUUCAAUCCGUUCGUCGUCCGGGGAUCCAAUCCUCGUAUUCUUAAUUGACGAGGGCUAAUCUGCUAUUUCCAUUGUUCUAGAGCCAGCAGAAAUGGCUUUAACCGGACCAACUCCGCCCAGAGGAAGUGCAGCUGCCACCGCAAGCAUGCGGAGGCGUAGGACCGCUAGCGGGGGGGCCUCCGGAGGAGCAACUGGGACCAUGCUCCAGUUCUACACAGAUGAUGCUCCAGGACUUAAGAUUUCUCCAAAUGUUGUCCUUGUGAUGAGUAUUGGCUUCAUUGCAUUUGUUGCUAUUCUUCAUGUUAUGGGUAAGCUCUACUUUGUUCGGAGAUAGGCCCGGGACGCUGAAGCACCUGUUUAAAGGGGUCCAAGUGCUACGGUAUUAGUUCUAGUUCAUCUUUGGAAUUGGCUAGCUAUGAGUUGGAUCGUAAGAACCCAGAAAAGUUCGCCUAGUUACCGUCAUCGUUUGAGAUACAUAGUUUUGGUUUCAUUAAGUCACAGGGCAAGAUUCAGCCCCAUGUGUAACUCCUGAGAAGCGUCUCUCAAUAGCAUGACGUUGAGGUUUUCUGUUUCUCGUUGUCCUGAAUUUGUCUCUGAAUUAAAUCAUCUUUUGUGAUCAGGAUUUGGAUGUU